UCCGGGACCUCUGCAGGACACACACAUACACACACACACCCUCUGUGAGCACAGUAACUGCAGGCUGCUGCGCGCACUGGCUUCGCGGACCAGACAGGCACCGGACACCUUUUACAAGAUCACGGGCUGCGACUCGCACAUAAACUAGAGAGCGAGCGAGAGGAAGAGGGAGCGGCCACGCGAAGUUGCACGGACUCCGCCCAGGAAAAAAGCCAGCGAACCGAGAGACAGCCGAGACCAUAAAAAUGAGUGGUUCCCACCCCCGGUCCUACCAGAGCGCCGCGCCCGCUCCCAACGCUCUCGCCACGGACAAGGACGCAGAAAUGCCCGCCACGGAGAAAGACCUCGCCGAGGACGCGCCGUGGAAGAAAAUCCAGCAGAACACCUUCACCCGCUGGUGCAACGAGCACCUGAAGUGCGUCAACAAGCGGAUCGGCAACCUGCAGACGGACCUCAGCGAUGGCCUGCGGCUCAUCGGGCUCCUGGAGGUUCUGUCCCAGAAGAAGAUGUUCAGAAAGUACAACCAGAGGCCCACCUUCCGCCAGAUGCAGCUGGAGAACGUGUCGGUGGCCCUGGAGUUCCUGGACAAGGAGAACAUCAAGCUGGUGUCCAUAGAUUCUAAAGCAAUCGUUGAUGGGAACCUGAAGCUGAUCCUGGGUCUGAUCUGGACCUUGAUCCUGCACUAUUCCAUCUCCAUGCCCAUGUGGGAUGAGGAGGAGGAGGCUGCCGAUGAUGGCAAACAGAAGACACCUAAGCAGAGGCUGCUGGGAUGGAUCCAGAACAAGCUGCCCGAGCUUCCGAUCACCAACUUCAACAGAGACUGGCAGACUGGCCGGGCCCUGGGUGCCCUGGUCGACAGCUGUGCUCCAGGAUUGUGUCCUGACUGGGACCAGUGGGAUCAGACCAAACCAGUGGACAAUGCUCGUGAGGCCAUGCAGCAAGCAGACGACUGGCUGGGCAUUCCACAGGUGAUAACCCCUGAGGAAAUCGUCGACCCCAACGUGGAUGAGCAUUCAGUCAUGACCUACCUGUCCCAGUUCCCCAAGGCUAAGCUGAAGCCUGGCGCACCUCUCCGUCCAAAACUGAACCCCAAGAAAGCCCGCGCCUACGGUCCAGGAAUCGAACCUGUGGGUAACGUCGUGAUGAAGAAAGCUACGUUCACAGUCGAGACCAUCAGCGCAGGAAUGGGAGAGGUGCUGGUUUACGUAGAGGACCCAGCAGGACACAGAGAGGAGGCCAAGGUGACAGCCAACAAUGACAAGAACCGCACCUACUCUGUGUUCUAUGUCCCUAAAGUCACAGGAAUGCACAAGGUGACGGUGCUGUUCGCAGGGCAGCACAUCUCCAAGAGCCCGUUCGAGGUGGAAAUCGGCAUGGCUCAGGGGGACUCCAGCAAAGCCACCGCCCAGGGUCCAGGUCUGGAGCCCUCGGGAAAUAUCGCCAACAAGGCCACCUACUUCGACGUCUACACGGCAGGUGCCGGUGUUGGCGAGGUGGAGGUGGUGAUCAUGGAUCCUGCUGGCAAGAAGAACACGGUGACGUGCACCAUCGAGGACAAGGGCAACAGUAGCUACCGCUGCACCUACAAACCGGUCCAGGAGGGCCAGCACACCGUGUUCAUCACCUUCGCUGGCGGCCAGAUCAGCAAGAGCCCCUUCACAGUCAACGUGGGAGAGGCAUGCAAUCCCAACCUCUGCAGAGCCCAGGGCCGUGGUCUGCAGCCCAAAGGCCUGAGGGUGAAGGAGACGGCAGACUUCAAGGUUUACACCAAAGGAGCUGGCACCGGAGAGCUCAAAGUUUCCAUCAAGGGCCCCAAGGGGCUUGAGGAGCCGUGUAAAAGGAAAGAUCUGGGAGAUGGCGUGUAUGGAUUUGACUAUUACCCCACCACACCUGGUACAUAUUCAAUCACCAUUACCUGGGGAGGACAGCACAUCCCACGCAGUCCUAUCGAGGUCAAGAUUGAUGCUGAGGCUGGCCCGCAGAAGGUGAGGGCCUGGGGUCCGGGGCUGGAGGGCGGCGUUGUUGGCAAGUCUGCUGACUUUGUGGUGGAGGCUGUUGGAGACAAUGUUGGUACACUAGGCUUCUCCGUGGAAGGUCCAUCUCAGGCCAAGAUCGAGUGCGACGACAAGGGCGAUGGCUCCUGCGACGUGCGGUACUGGCCCACGGAGCCUGGGGAGUACGCCGUGCAUGUGCUCUGCAACAACGAAGACAUCCAGCAUUCCCCCUUCAUGGCUGAGAUCGUCAACCCGCCAGAAAAAGACUUCUACCCUGACAAGGUUAAGGCAUACGGCCCGGGGCUUCAAAGCAGCGGUUUGGCUGUUGGAAAGCCCACAGAGUUCACAGUGGAUGCCAAGCAGGGAGGAAAGGCCCCUCUGAAGAUCCUGGCCCAGGACGGCGAAGGCUUGCCAGUGGACGUCCAGGUUAAAGACAACGGCAACGGCACAUACACUUGUACUUACACCCCCCGUAAACCUGUGAAACACACAGUCAUGGUCUCCUGGGGUGGCGUCAACAUCCCAGAGAGCCCGUUCAGAAUGAAUAUCGGAGCAGGCUGUCAUCCAAACAAGGUGAAGGUAUCGGGGCCUGGGGUGGCAAAGACUGGCCUCAAGGCCUUUGAGCCAACCUACUUCACUGUUGACUGUGCUGAGGCUGGUCAAGGGGACAUCAGCAUAGGAAUCAAGUGCGCCCCUGGAGUGGUGGGACCCGCUGAAGCCGACAUCGACUUCGACAUCAUUAGGAACGACAACGACACGUUCACUGUGAAAUACACUCCUCCAGGGGCAGGCAGCUACACCAUAAUGGUCCUGUUCGCUGACCAGGCUAUUCCAAUGACGCCCAUCAGGGUCAAAGUGGAUCCUUCCCACGAUGCCAGCAAAGUCAAGGCAGAGGGACCAGGACUCAGCCGCAGCGGUGUUGAACUGAACAAACCCACUCAUUUCACAGUGAACACUAAAGGAGCAGGGAAAGCAAACCUGGACUGCAACUUCAGCGGCCCGCUGAAAGGAGAAGCGGUCAAGGACUUUGAAAUCAUCAACAAUCAUGACAACACGCACACUGUGAAAUACACCCCUGUGCAGCAGGGCCCUCUGGGAGUCGCUGUGACCUACGGUGGAGAUCACGUUCCCAAGAGCCCAUUCAAUGUUGGUGUGGCUCCCACACUGGACCUCAACAAGGUCAACCUCACAGGCCUUGGCGACAAAAUGACUGUAGGCAAAGACCAGGAGCUGACUGUCAAAUCAAAGGGUGCCGGUGGACAGGGCAAGGUGGAUGCCAAGGUUACCGGACCAUCCGGGAAGCCUGUGUCUAGCAAGGUGGAGCCAGGGCUGAGUCCAGAGACCAGCCAUGUGAAGUUCAUCCCCCGUGAAGCCGGCCCGUACCAGGUGGAAUUGACCUACGAUGGCGUACCGAUCCCUGGGUCACCCUUCAGCUCCACAGCUUACCCAGCCACGGACCCCUCCAUGGUUCGCUGCUCUGGCCCAGGCUUGAAGCGUGCUAAGGUUGGGGAGACGGGGACAUUCGUUGUGGACUGCACCAACGCCGGCCCGGCUGAGCUGACCAUUGAGAUCAUCUCAGACAGUGGCACUGAGGCAGAGGUUCACAUUCAGGACAACGGAGACGGGACCUACACCAUCACCUACAUCCCUUUGUACCCUGGUUCUUACACUCUCACCAUCCGCUACGGUGGUCAGGAUGUGCCCAACUUCCCUGCUCGGCUUAGCGUUGAACCUGCGGUCGAUGCCAGUGGAGUUCGCGUGUUCGGACCUGGAGUGGAAGGCAAAGGCGUUUUCCGUGAAGCAACUACAGAUUUCACUGUGGAUGCUCGUGCACUCACUAAGACCGGAGGUGACCACAUCAAGACCCUCAUCAGCAACCCGUCAGGCAGCCGCACUGAUGCUCUUAUUGCUGACCUUGGAGAUGGAACCUACAAUGUAGAGUACACUCCCUAUGAAGAAGGUCCACACAGUGUAGAGGUCUGCUAUGAUGGUUCUCCAGUACCCAAGAGUCCAUUCCACGUGGCUGUCACCGAAGGCUGCGAUCCAGCUCGUGUUCGCGUGCAUGGCCCUGGUUUGAAAGGUGGCAUAACCAACAAGCCUAACAAGUUCACGGUGGAAACCAGAGGAGCAGGCACUGGUGGUCUCGGUCUGGCCAUGGAGGGUCCUUCAGAGGCCAAGAUGUCCUGCACUGACAACAAAGACGGCAGCUGCAGCGUAGAGUAUAUUCCGUACGAACCGGGCACAUACAACCUCAACAUCACCUACGGAGGACAGCCCAUCACAGGUAGUCCAUUCUCUGUGCCGGUCAGCGACACGGUGGACAGUACAAAGGUGAAGUGCCAGGGACCUGGUCUGGGCAGCAACGUCAGAGCCAACAUUCCUCAGGCAUUCACAGUGGACGCCUCCAAGGCUGGAGUGGCGCCGCUGCAGGUCCGCGUGCAAGGACCAAAAGGUGUGGUGGAGCCUGUGGAAGUGGUGGAUAACGGUGACCAGACUCACACAGUCAACUAUGUUCCCACCAGAGAGGGACCUUACUCCAUUAAUGUGCUCUACGCUGACGAGGAGAUUCCACGCAGCCCCUACAAGGUGAAGGUGCUGCCCACGCACGACGCCAGUAAGGUGCGUGCCAGCGGACCCGGCCUCAACACCACGGGGGUGCCCGCCUCCCUGCCCGUGGAGUUCACCAUCGAUGCUAAAGACGCCGGCGAGGGACUGCUGGCGGUGCAGAUCACUGACCCAGAAGGGAAGCCAAAGAAGGCCAACAUCCGCGACAACCAUGACGGGACCUACCUGGUGUCCUACGUGCCGGACAUGACGGGCAGAUACACCAUCCUCAUUAAGUACGGAGGGGACGAGAUCCCGUACUCACCCUACCGCAUCAGGGCCCUUCCCACUGGAGACGCCAGCAAGUGCACCGUCACAGUCUCAAUCGGCGGUCACGGUUUAGGCGCCGGCGUUGGCCCGACGAUCCAGAUUGGCGAGCAGACGGUCAUCACCGUGGACGCCAAGGCUGCCGGGAAAGGCAAGGUGACGUGCAGCGUGGUCACGCCCGAGGGGGCCGAGCUGGACGUGGACGUGGUGGAAAACGAAGACGGCACCUUCGACAUCUUCUACACGGCGCCGCAGCCUGGCGAGUAUGUCAUCUGCGUCCGCUUUGGAGGGGAGCACAUCCCCAACAGCCCCUUCCAAGUCACGGCACUGGAAGGAGCUCCAUCAGACCAGCUCAUGCAACAGACCCAAAUGCCCCAGUUCUACGCUCAGCAGCCCUGGGCAACUGAUAGACCUAUGGGUAUGAAUGGUUUGGAUGUAGCAGGGCUGAGACCAUUUGACCUGGUCAUUCCAUUCACCAUCCAGAAGGGAGAGAUCACAGGUGAAGUACGGAUGCCAUCAGGCAGCGUUGCCAAGCCUGACAUCACAGACAAUAAGGAUGGCACCGUUACUGUCAAGUACGCUCCCACUGAAGCUGGUCUGCACGAGAUGGACAUCAAAUACGACGGCCUCCACAUCCCUGGAAGCCCACUGCAGUUCUAUGUGGACUACGUGAACAGCGGUAACGUCAGUGCCUAUGGCCCUGGUCUCAUUCAUGGGACUGUGAACAAGCCGGCGGUCUUCACUGUUAACACUAAAGAUGCUGGAGAGGGUGGUCUCUCCCUGGCCAUUGAGGGUCCGUCGAAGGCCGACAUCAGCUGUGUGGACAACCAGGAUGGGACUUGCACAGUGUCCUACCUGCCUGUGCUUCCUGGGGACUACAGCAUCCUGGUCAAAUACAAUGACAAGCACAUCCCCGGCAGCCCCUUCUCUGCCAGGAUCACCGGUGAUGAUUCCAUAAGGAUGUCCCAUUUGAAGGUGGGCUCUGCUGCAGACAUCCCCCUGGACAUUGGGGAGCUGGACCUCAGUCAGCUGACCGCCUCCCUGACGACGCCCUCGGGCCGGGAGGAGCCUUGCCUGCUAAAGGUUCUGCGUAACGGACAUGUCGGCAUUUCAUUUGUUCCCAAGGAGAUUGGAGAGCACCUGGUGAACAUCAAGAAGAACGGUCGCCAUAUUCCCAGCAGUCCCAUCGCCGUUAUGAUAAGCCAGUCAGAGAUCGGCGACGCCAGCCGUGUGCGUGUGAGUGGCCAGGGCCUAAGCGAGGCCAGGACAUUUGAGCCCGCCGAAUUCAUCAUCGACACACGUGACGCCGGCUACGGUGGCCUGAGUCUGUCCAUUGAAGGACCCAGUAAAGUGGACAUCAACACUGAAGACCAGGAGGACGGCACCUGUAAGGUCACCUACUGCCCCACUGAACCUGGCAAUUACAUCAUCAACAUCAAGUUCGCCGACCAGCACGUGCCAGGUAGUGCUUUCACAGUGAAGGUGACAGGAGAGGGCAGAAUGAAGGAGAGCAUCACCAGGAAGAGAAGGGCAGCAUCUGUUGCCAAUGUAGGCAGCCAGUGUGACCUGAGCCUCAAGAUCCCAGAGAUCAGCAUCGCGGACAUGACCGCUCAGGUGACCAGCCCGUCUGGCCAGGUUCACAAGGCCGACAUCAUGGAGGGAGAAAACAACACCUACUGCAUUCGCUUCAUUCCCACCGAGACCGGUGUGCACACGGUGUGCGUGAAAUACAACGGCAUGCACGUUCCCGGCAGCCCGUUCCAGUUUACUGUCGGGCCCCUGGGAGAGGGAGGGGCUCAUAAGGUUCGAGCUGGUGGGCCAGGUCUGGAGAGAGCAGAAGCAGGAGUCCCAGCCGAGUUCAGUAUCUGGACAAGGGAAGCUGGAGCCGGGGGACUCAGCAUUGCGGUGGAGGGACCAAGCAAGGCUGAAAUCGCCUUUGAGGACCGCAAGGAUGGCUCCAGUGGGGUGUCCUACAUCGUGCAGGAGCCUGGAGACUACGAAGUGUCCAUUCGUUUCAACGACGAGCACAUCCCCGACAGCCCCUUCAUCGUCCCUGUGGCCUCGCCGUCGGACGACGCCCGUCGCCUCACUGUUGCCAGUCUUCAGGAGUCGGGCUUGAAGGUGAAUCAGCCGGCGUCGUUCGCCGUCAGCCUUAACGGGGCAAAGGGUGUGAUCGACGCAAAGGUCCACAGCCCGUCUGGAGCUCUGGAGGAGUGUUGUGUCACAGAGAUCGACCAAGAUAAGUACGCAGUUCGGUUCAUCCCCAGAGAGAACGGUCUGUAUCUAAUUGAUGUGAAGUUCAAUGGAAGUCACAUCCCUGGGAGCCCAUUUAAGAUUAGAGUUGGAGAGACAGGCCAGGCUGGAGACCCGGGGAUGGUGUCAGCGUAUGGGCCAGGACUGGAGGGAGGCACCACAGGAACUUCGUGUGAGUUUGUGGUGAACACGAGCAAUGCCGGCCCCGGCGCUUUGGCUGUGACCAUUGACGGACCCUCCAAGGUGAAGAUGGACUGUGUGGAGUGCCCUGAGGGCUACAGGAUCACAUACACCCCAAUGGCCCCUGGCAACUAUCUCAUCUCCAUCAAAUAUGGCGGCCCUUAUCACAUUGUUGGCAGUCCAUUCAAGGCAAAGAUCACUGGUUCCAAACUCGUGUCCAGUCACAGUAUGCACGAAACCUCUUCUGUCAUGGUUGACCCUGUGACCCGCGCCAUCAGCUGCACUCAGCAGGGAGCUCCCACUCAAUCCGAUGCCAGUAAGGUGGUGGCCAAAGGUCUUGGCCUGACCAAGGGCUUCAUCGGUCAGAAGAACAGCUUCAGUGUUGACUGCAGCAAAGCAGGUCGUAACAUGCUCCUGGUUGGUGUGGAUGGCCCCAGGGUGCCCUGUGAGGAGAUCUUAGUGAAACACUUGGGCAACCGUCUGUACAACGUCAGCUACCAGCUCAAAGAGAAGGGAGAGUACAUCCUGGUGGUGAAGUGGGGAGACGAACACAUCCCCGGCAGCCCCUUCCACAUCACCGUGUAACAACCCAGACCCACACCCGGGAAACUUGUACCACUGUUUAAAACUGAAACUCUUGUCUACAGUAGAUUCUAAUAAAGCGUUGUUUACAUCUCCAGGUUCCUUCUACGUGUUAAAUUUAGCUUCUUAGAAGUAUUAUAAUACGAAAGAAAUUGUCCAAUCAGUAUUUACCCUCAGUGAGAUUUGGGUUUAAAGCCAACGUCUUUACUGUAACCCAGUCCAGACUGUCCCAAAGCACACAGCCACUGACUGUUCCUCUCUCAGUUCUUCCAAUAGUCACAUGAUCAAAUAAACGUAUGGAGGAGAAAGACGCACCUUUUCCACCUGUGCCUUAGGUUAUUUUAUAUUUUCAGACAUGGGGGUGACUUAUGUAGAAUGGUAGCAUAGUAGCAGUAGAUGUAAUAGAUUUUGGCCCAGCUGAGCCCAGAAUUGGAUGGAAGGUUACAGUUUACACUGGAGGAGGUAUAAAUGACCCCAAGGCCAAAUAAAGUUGGGACGAUGUGUAAAACAAACAAAGGCAAUGAUUUGCAGAUCUCGUCAUCCUAUAGUUGGAACAGAUUGAUGUGGAUGUGGCAUCUUGGAAGUGUGGAGGCCAGCCUGGAGUUUUAGGAGAGGAGUGACGUCCUAUUCUCGUGUGAUGCAGGAGUCUAGCUGCUCACUGGACCUGGGCCUUUGCUGCCGAUCCUUCUUUCUUAUCUUUGCACAAUACAGCUUUAACGUUUUUCUUUCAGUUUUGCAUAUUGUCUCAACUUUUUGGCUUUGGUUGUACAUGAAUGAUGGAUCCAGUUCUAUAUGAACAGUGACAGGAAUUGAACCAAAGAUUGUCAGGUGUGAUGCAAGUGUUUGGGCAUUCCAACACAGACACACUUUGGAUUCAGGCCUUUACUUGUCCAUAUAAAACUCAGAUCAAUGGCUUGUUCCUUAUUUACACAGGGGUGUAGGCUUUGUGGUGUUGGUGCUCAGCACUGAUCCGGACUCGCUCCAGCAUGCGUGUUCACGAUGCUCUUUAACCUGUUUGUUUUAUCUGCUGCUAGUGUGAUCCAGUUUUAGGCACUGCUGUUCUUAGGUUAGACGAUGAAACAUGGGGCGACUAAAGUGACCGGGGAGGAGGCGGACACAUUUCACAGCAGCUAACUCGCGAUUUGUCUGACACGCUCUGUCGGCGCCGCUGUAGCGGAGUGUGACGCCAACUUGUGCAUCCACACGUGUAAUUAGGUUAGAUUCAGAGUCACACCAAUGUGAGAUGUGUUGAAUAUCAAAGGUUUAAAAAGGGAAGAGUCCAACAUGGUGCUGGACAGGACGGCUGAAGAUGCUGUGGUUUGUCAAGUCCUGGAAACAUGACGACCAAAAACAAAGAUGAUGCUUUGUUUCGUGCUCUUUGCUUGUAGCUCCCCUCUUCAGCCGACAACCACUCCCCCCGCCCCUCAUCCUUCCAGCUUGCUUUGUGCGUAGUCUGUAUUUCAGAACAAAAAAUGAAUCUUGUCCUAAAUAAUAAAAAAGGCUUUAAGUGUUUGUAAGACAGUAUUUUGAUACACAAUAAAGUUUAAGUAUUUUUCUGUCAGUCCUAA